CCGAAGCUUCGAAGUCUUUGCUUUAUCUCGGCCAAUGUUCCGGUACUUUGCAUCCAACACGAAUGGGACCGUUGCUAGUCAACCUCCCCUGCGAUGUCUCUCCAUGGGCCUCGUAUUUGUCCAAGUACGUAUAUGCCUUGCUAGUCAACUGAAGAAAGCAGCCUAUGCACACAAAUCGUGCAUCUUGUACACAAAAGGUUAUGCCAUGGGAAUAUGUGGACAUUGUGUGUUAGAACCUCCUGACAAGUUGUCAUGGUUUUGGAUCUGAAUCCGAAUCUGAAUCUGGAGCAAAACACAAGACACAAGACAGGAAACAAACGCUUUGUCUGCAACCCGUGGCUUUGCUGGAGCCAGUUAUACUUUAUUUUAUCUGUCACGAAGACGGAAAAGAAAAGGAAAUAGCAUCUGGCGGUUGUUCUUAGGUACCAUAGUCUCUGAUCCGCACCCAAGGAGGCUACAUGCACCUUGGAUACAUGUGCAUCAAGAGUAAGAAGCGCGCAUGUUGCUUACUUUGAAAACUGGCAGCAUGUUUGGGCACCGUCUUGCCAGGACGACAUGAGGUAUGGCUAUCAGCACGGUGUCUGGAGUAUGCAUGUCACGCAAUGUUCCAUGGAGUCAUGUUGAGAGCGUUACCAUGUAGUGAACUUUGCUUCAAGAUUCCAUACAAUAAAGGUAGUUCUUAUGCCCAUGUAUCUGAAAUCAAAGACUAAAUCAGUGUACCUAAACAGGGUGAGCAAGUCUCGGUCAGGUAUUAGCAAGAGACGAAG